GAUAUGGCCAAAUAUCAUGUGUGACACAACCUUUUGAUUUUAAUUUUAAUUUGGUGAUUCCUUGCCUUAAUUAAACACAACCCCCCACUAGUUCAAAAUCUUUUCAUCAUCUUCCCAAGAAAUUACAAGAAUCUUUCUUUUCCUUUAAAUACCCCCACAAACUAUAUUGCUUUUUUUCUCUACACUUUGAUUCUUUCUUCUUCUUCUUUCUUCUUAAUAUUGCACCUCUUAUCCUUAUUUGUGUCUUAUAAUGGAUUUUUAUUCUUCUUCAUCUUCAACAAUUUCUUCUCAUGAAGAACCUCAUGUUCUAGCUGUUGAUGACAACCUUAUUGAUCGAAAACUUGUCGAAAAAUUACUCAAGAAAUCAUCUUGCAAAGUGACUACUGCAGAAAAUGGUCUAAGGGCCUUGGAGUACUUGGGAUUAGGAGCUGAUCAGGAGCACUCAACAAAUAACAAUGGUUCAAAGGUUAAUAUGAUAAUAACAGAUUAUUGCAUGCCAGGAAUGACUGGUUAUGAAUUGCUUAAGAAAAUUAAGGAAUCGUCGAUUUUGAAGGAUGUACCAGUUGUUAUUAUGUCAUCUGAGAAUAUCCCAACUCGCAUUGAUCAAUGCAUGGAAGAAGGGGCUCAGAUGUUCAUGUUGAAGCCUCUCAAACACUCUGAUGUCAAGAGAUUACGAUGUCAACUCAUGCAAUGCCAAUGAUAAAUAUUUUGGAUCUGAAUUCAGUCUUAUGUGUAAUUUUGUUGUGUUGGGUGCUAAUUAAUUUCGAAUGUUCGACUACUGUUAUUUUAUUUUAUGUAGCUAUUUAAGGAUAGUCUGUAUGUGAAAAAGUAAUAUAAAUGUUUGAAUGUAGUAAUAUUAAACUGUUGGAAUUUGGAAAUUUCUGUUUUCACAA